AAAGCGAGAAGAAUGCAUAAAUAUGUGAAAAGGCAUACCCAUCAGUCACCGUUACAUGAAAAGAAAAAAAAAACAAAGAUUCGCUCGCAUGAAACAACAUGAGUGAUGAAGGGCAGGAGUUAUGUCUGCAUGGCCAUCCUUCAGCCGCAUCAAGCGAUCUCAUCUACUGUCCGUACUGUCCCGAGGGAAAGGACGAAGGCUCUCACAUCUCCUUCUUCUGCCGUCAAUGCGAACUAGACUUCCACGACCGGAAAUACGACAAGGCCUCGCCGGAGAUUUGCCACCCUUCUCACCCUCGACACCCUCUUUCUCUCCUCCGGAGCUUCGACGCCGCCCGAAAAUGCCUUCUCUGCGGACAAAACCUCAAGGUAAUCGCUUACCAUUGCUCCAUCUGUGAAUUCGCUAUCGAUCUCGUCUGUGCGAAAAGGCCGCCGCUUCUCGCCAUUGAUAACCCCAAGACUCAUGACCAUACACUCACCCUCAUGCCCAGAGAGGUUUCCUUCACGUGCGACGCGUGUGGGAUCGAAACCCAUGGUCAAUCUCCAUAUGUAUGCCCGCAGUGUAACUUCAUGGUCCAUAAAGAAUGUAUUGGUUUACCUCGUGUCAUACACAUAAACCGUCAUCACCAUCGAGUUUCCAUGACGGAAUUUCUCGGCCCUGGGAAACGGAUUUGUGGGGUCUGUCGGAAAAUGGUUGAUGGGAGAUAUGGUGCUUACACUUGCUCUAAGUGUACUGGUUAUGCAGUCCAUUCGAAAUGUGCAACGAGAAGCGACGUGUGGGAUGGGAGAGAGCUCGAGGGAGAACCGGAAGAGACCGAUGAAACAGAAGAUCUAAUGCCGUAUAAGGUAGUAGCCCACAAUGUAAUAAACCAUUUCAGUCAUGAAGAACACAAUCUGAAACUCACCGAGGUUGCCCUAGCUUCCGACCCAAGCAUGAUCUGCGAAGCAUGCACCUUUCCUGUCAGCUCUGAAUCUGAUCCGUUCUACAGCUGUAUGGACUGUAAGUUCGCGCUUCAUGAGAAAUGUGCUAACCUUCCCCGAAAGAUACGACAUGUUCUUCAUAACCAUCCACUCACCUUACGGGUAGACACCAUACCAAAAGAAAGCGAAUAUUACAACAUUGCCUUCGAGUGUUCGGCUUGCAAGAGACUAUGCAGUGGUUUUAAAUACGAGUGUUGCGGUAUAGAGCUUGACGUAAGAUGCGGAUCCAUUUCUGAACCGUUUUACCACAAAAACCAUCACCAUCCUCUGUUCCUCACUUCGCUGGACAGCAAAACUUGCGAGGCCUGUCACGAGGAGAAAGGUAACGUUCUGAGAUGUACGGACUGCGACUUCGCCUUGGAUUUCGAAUGCGCGACUUUGCCCACCAUUGUUAAGCACAAGAGCGACCAGCAUCCACUCUCUUUGAGCCCUGGUGAAGAGGCCCCUGGUCCGUACUGGUGCGAUAUCUGCGAGGCGGAAACGAGUUCGAAGACGUGGUUUUACUUAUGCGACGACUACUGUUGCUCCACUCUUCACGUAAAAUGCGUGAUACCAGAUUUCAAGUACAUGAAGCUUGGACGAAGGCUGUUCUUUUGGCGAGCCACGUUCGAAGUGGCUCUCAACAAGCGACCUUCUCAAAAGAGGUAUUGCACUAUCUGUGGCUGGAGCUGCGAGGACGACUUCUUUCUUGUGAGGAAACAUCUCUGCUUUUGUUCUUUCGACUGUUUCAAGCAUUUUGUCGGGUACUAGACUCAAAAUAUUCCACGUGUUAUUGUUUUCUAGUAUUUUGUUGCAGACGUUGACGUAUUCGUACCAAAAAAAAAAAGUUAAA